CGAUCUCCUCGUUUCACUCCCUCUCUAGUCUCCAGUCCAAUCCCACUACCAAAGUCGUUAAAGUACGCCUGAUCUGCUAUCCUACGCCGAUCCUUCAGGAACAUGGGCCUACUUGAUCAGCUUUGGGACGACACCCUCGCCGGGCCUCAGCCCGACAGCGGUCUUGGGAAACUUCGCAAGCACAAAACCUUCAGUUUCCGGUCCAGCUCCGCCACUGGAUCGUCAGAUGGCGGAAGCGUAAGAUCGUUGGGUGGGAAUUCGCCGGAAGAGGCGAAAAUUACGCGGAGUAUUAUGAUAGUGAAGCCCCCAGGUUAUGGGAGCGCUAACGGCGGAUCAGCUCCGGUUUCGCCAGCUGGGGUUUCUUCUCCAAUUUCGCCAGCUGGGUCUACGCCGCCGGUGUCCCCGUUUUCUGGUAAGCAUUUGAAAUGGCAGAUAUGCCUCUGCCUCAUUGCAUGUGGGACCAAGUUUCCACAAAUGGUGGAGCCUCCACUCAUCACUGAUGUGUUUGGGAGACAAGGGUGUGGUGGCAGGGAGUCAUUCGGGCGGUUUCGAAGGAGGUCAGCGUCGGAUGCAUACGAGAAGGCGAGCGAGGUCGUUGGAGGAAGGAGCGCCCGUUCUCCUUGCGACGUGUGACAUAUGAAAACUGCGUUCUUGUCCAAUCGAAAUCAUCCAUGAGAUGAAAUGAACGUGUUUUCUGUGGACGGAUCAGCCAUGCAUGGCCGGAGGGAAGAAGAAGCUGUUUAAUUAGGGGUUUCCACGUGCUAAUAAUGUAUUGAUAUAAGUAAGCAUUUUGUAUGCUAGGGUUUGGGUGUUGUUUGUUCUGGGUUGCAAUCUAGUGAGUGCGCGACUAUAUAAAUAUAGUAGUAGUUGUUUGUAAGAUGUGAGAAUGCCGAUGGAUUUGGAGUUGGAGUUGCUAUCUCUGCUGUUAUCUGUAAAUGUAAAUUGAGUGUGCUUGGUUUUCCCUUGCAAGUUCCUGCUUUGGUGUUUGAAUAAGAAAACUGUAUUAUAUCUAUAA